AAACUCCAGAGCAGGACGAGCGAUCAUGCCAAGUCAGACCUGAACAAGGCUUCCAGUGUGCCCUCUGCACACCUACGAAAGUUUUUGCAAAAGUGAACCAUGGAAAACUCGGGCAGGCCUUACCGGGCGCGCCAAGGCGGCAGGGAUAGGGGAGCAGGAACGGAGAGGGCAGAAAGCUGGAGGACCCAGGACCAGGGUCGAGGACAGAGCUACAGAUCGGAGGGAGGUCAGCAGGGCAAGAACCAAGGCGGGCCCUACCGUGCCAGUCCUAAGAAGGGAGGGCUGGGGCCCAUGAGCUACUCCCCCGGUGGAUUCAGAGGUGGUCACAGCCCCUCGCAGAAGGAUGACCCCCGAUGGUUCUCAGGUCCUGAGAACAGUGGCGGGCCUCGAGACGAUACCUGGAGAGAGCGCCCGCAGCAGCACUGGAGGAGGAGUGCACCGGGAGACGGUCCGAAUGAGGACAGGGAGCAGGGGGGGAGAGAGGAAACUGACGGUAAUGCUCAUAAGUCAGGGAGAAGACGGAGAAACCGAAACAAGAAUAGAGCUUAUGCCGAGGAGAACAGGGGUCCAUUGAUCGAAGAGUCCACACUCUCAGCCAAAGAGCUGCAAAACCUACGGCAAGCAGAGCGGCGGCUUAACAGAGACGAGAUCUUCAGCCUGAAGAAGAGGUCCCACAGCAACCCCGCUGCCCUUUACACUUGCGCUCUGUGCGACGUCCUGCUGGAGUCUGUGACCGAUGCUUACAGACACAUCCGAGACAAACGACACAAGAAGAGGGCCAGGGAGAGGCAAGAGCAGGUGAUGCUGACUGAGAUCCAGCCUCCCGGCCCGGAGCAGACCGCCGCGGUUAGCGCUGCUCUAGAGGCCGUCGCCCGGGAACACGGGAUGAGUGACCAGGAUGUGGAGACAAGACAAUGCGUUGUCUCGAUGAUGCAAGACCUCCUUCUGUCCGUCCUGCCUGAAAUCAGGCUCAGGCUUUAUGGAUCAUCUUGCACUAAGUUUGGAUUUAAGGAUUCUGACGUCAACAUUGAUAUUCUGUAUCCACCUCACAUGCAUCAGCCAGACGUCUUGGUGUUGGUCAAGGAGAGCCUCUCCGUGAGCCCUGUUUUUGUCGAAAUGGAAGCUGAUUUCCAUGCCAGGGUUCCGGUGGUCAUCUGCAAAGAGAAACAGAGCGGCCUGGUGUGCAAAGUGAGCGCCGGGAAUGAAAAUGCGUUCCAGACCACCUCCUAUCUCUCUGCUCUGUCCAGUCAGGAGCCUCUUCUCCUCCCGCUGGUUUUGGCUCUCAGACACUGGGCUCGGCUCAGCAAGAUCGACCGCGCAGAGGAAGGCGGGCUGCCGCAGUAUGUCUUCGCCCUGAUGGUCAUCUUCUUCUUACAGCAGCGCAAAGAGUCCCUCUUGCCUGCCUACCUGAAACAAGAGAUUAAGCUGUUUUCACUCAGCAGGCUGUCAGACUUCAAUCUCACACAUACAGAGGACGGACACGUACACUGGGCCUACACCCCUCCCUCCAAAGAACAGCCAGCAGAGGGCUCCUGUAUAAAGGGAAAGGUUCCUCUGGUGUUUCAGAGCCCUCACCUGCCUGUGGAAGUUGGGCUCCUCUGGGUGGAGAUGCUCCGCUUCUACGCGCUGGAAUUCAACUUGGCUGACAACGUCAUCAGUGUACGGACCACUGCCGUCCUCUCCCGGGAGAUGAAGGACUGGCCAAAGAAACGCAUUGCUGUGGAGGACCCAUUCGCUGUGAAGAGAAAUGUGGCCCGCACCCUGAACAGCCAGCAAAUGUACGAGUACAUCCUCCACUGUCUCAAAACCACAUACAAGUACUUUGCACUGCCACUCAACUCGCCAGCCGCCGGUCACAAGACCAAGGCACAGCGCGGACCUGUCCAAGGGGCGAACGCCGAGGCUCCCAACGAAGAGAUCGCCUCCUCGUUAAGUCAACUCAGUGUCCAGUCACAGCGUGGAGGCCAACCUAAAGCUGUCGAAAACGGUCCUGAAGACUCUGAUUGCAUUAUCGAGGAAGAGGAGGAAGUCGAAGAGUACAGCGACUCGGACGAGGAGCGAGAGAAGGAAAAAGCGGACCCAGGCAAGAGCAGCCUCUCCGAGGAUGAGGAGGACGAGGACGUCGACGGGCACAACAGGCAACACCUGGACAGCUUGACCACGGAGGAUGAUGACAUUUUCCUGGUGGAUGAGAUCUCCGGGGAGGAGCUCCUGUCUGACGAGGAGGGUCCAGAUUUUGACACACCUGGUUCGAUGGAUGAGGAGGUGGAUGGGGAGGAGGUGGAGUUGGCACCUGUGAGUCUCUCGCCUUCACAUUUAGAGGAUACAAUUAAGGACAAGAGCCCAGAAAAUAAAAACCAACAGAAGACACGGUCUUAUGAGUUCACGAGUAAAGCUUUCACCAGAGGAAAGUCACACAUGGUCGUGUGCAGCUUGUGCAAGCGAGAUGGCCAUCUGAAGAAAGACUGUCCGGAGGAUUUCAAGAAAGUGCAGCUGGACCCUUUGCCCCCGAUAACGCCAGACUUCCUCUCUGUCCUCGACAAAGUCUGUGAGCAGUGCUACACUGACUUUGCCCCAGAUGAACUGGAAGUGGGUGUAAGAGAGCACAUCCUUCAAGACCUGGAGGUCUUCGUCAGACGACAGUUUGCUGGAGCUCAGCUGCAGCUGUUUGGAUCAUCCAAAAAUGGCUUUGGGUUCAGACAGAGUGACCUAGACAUCUGCAUGGUGCUGGAGGGGCAGGAGACCAUGGAAGAUGUUGACUGCAUCAGCAUCAUUGAAAGUUUGGCGAGAAUGCUGAGGAAACACCCAGGUCUGAAGAACAUCCUGCCCAUCACUACAGCAAAAGUACCGAUUGUGAAGUUCUACCACGUUCGCACCGGCCUGGAGGGAGACAUUAGCCUCUACAACACUCUGGCCCUGCACAACACACAUCUGCUCGCUUUGUACGCCACCAUUGACAGGAGAGUGAAGAUCCUCUGUUACGUCAUGAAGGUUUUUGCCAAGAUGUGUGACAUUGGGGACGCUUCCCGUGGCAGCCUCUCGUCCUAUGCCUACACCCUCAUGGUGCUGUUCUUUCUCCAGCAGAGAGACCCACCAGUUAUCCCUGUGCUGCAAGAGAUUUACGAUGGAAAGAAGAAGCCCGAGGUGCUAGUUGAUGGCUGGAAUGUGUACUUCUUUGACGAUUUAAAAGCACUUCCCAGUCGCUGGCCACAGUACGGGAAGAACAAGGAGACGGUGGGGGAGCUGUGGCUCGGCCUGCUCCGCUUUUACACCGAGGACUUUGACUUCAGAGAGCAUGUCAUCUGUCUCCGUCAGCACGGCCGCCUCACCACCUUCAACAAGCAGUGGACGUCCAAAUACAUUGUCAUUGAAGAUCCAUUCGACCUGAAUCAUAAUCUCGGUGCUGGUCUGUCCAGGAAAAUGACUAACUUCAUCAUGAAGGCUUUCAUCAACGGCAGGACAGUGUUUGGCUCACCAGUCAAAGCCUUUCCUCCCGCGUACCCCUCUCAGAUGGAGUAUUUCUUUGAUCCUGAAGUCCUCACCGAGGGAGAGGUGGCUCCUAAUGACCGCUGCUGCCGCAUCUGUGGCAAGAUCGGCCACUUCAUGAAAGACUGCCCCAUGCGUAAGAAGUCCAGACACAGAAGGGACUCUGAGAAGAGGCCGGAGCAUCUGCGAGAGACGGCAGAGGACGGCAGGGACCAGGGCAGACACAGGAGCGAGCACUGGAGGAAAAGGGAGUCAAUGGAGGUGCGCUGCUGCUUCCUUUGUGGAUCAAGUACCCACAUCAAGAGGGACUGUCAGCUGUACAGAAGCCCUGCAGGUAACAUGAGAAUGGACGGCUUCGCUUCCACCUCUUCAGCUCACGUUAGGAAUUUGAGAGAAAAAGAGCGACAGGGUUCACCUAUACGAGAAGAGAAGAAGAGAAAGCCACAAAAUGUGAUAUUAAGUCCACAAGCAGGGAGUUUGGCCAGCCGAAACGUGGGUCGCUCUGGUCACAGGAAGAGCCCGGUGGAAUGAGCAGCGGCAGCCGGGGAUACACAAACCACGUGGUUCUACUCUUGUCCAGGCAGACAGCGACCCAAAGUCCAGAAACCAUUGAGUCUGAAUGGGACUGUUGGGCCAAUGGGAGCCUGUUAAAAGCCAAAGCCAGGACGCCUUGACUUGAAGCCAAAUAGGGCCUUUUUAUGUGUGUGUGUUUCUCCUUCCCCCCCCUUUAAAGCUCUCCUCCUCAGAGGAGCUUUUUAAAGCUUUCAUUUUAACAAAAUAAGCCAUUUUGCAUGCACCUCAUGUCUUUGUUUACCUACACUGCCAGUCAAGUUUUCUUUUUAUACGUUUCAAACAAUGGCAUCACAGAUUCAGUGUGAAAUCUCUUAAAUUAGAAAAUGUAAGUAAUCGAGGAGUGUCUUUCACGUGAGAGUCAGUCUUUUGCAGACGACAAACUAUAUUUGUAUGGUAUAGUCUGUUCUCUGGACCAUCUGAAAUUAAACCAAGAAGCCACUUAUUGGUUCACACUUUUAAGGAUCAAUUUUCCUGUUAUGUUCCCUUUAGUGUUAACAAAAAAAAGACCAUAGAAGUUGUUCAUAAACAUUUGAAUGGCAGUGUACUCAAUGGCCCAGAUCUUUUUUUUUUUUAAACAAAUUUAUUUUUAAUCCAGUUUUAUUUGUCCUCCGCACUGACGUCCGUCUGUCUUCAGCAUCGAGAGCAGCUCUUCCAACAGUAUGUCUCUGUUAGAGAAACACCACCAUGUAGAUAUAUUUUUAUUUUCAGGAUCGUAGUUUUAUGUUUUUGAACCCCCCCCCCCCCCCCCCCUUUCAUAGAUAACAUGCCCUUCAACUGCCUGUUUGUGAACAGAAGAGCAGUGAAACCGUACUUCCUCUGCUAACCCGUAUGUGUCUCCACACACGCUAGGAAGUGUUCUGCCUUUAGUGGGAGAACAUAUAGUUGAUAGUUUGAUAAGAGAGUUUCAUGCUUACUCCGUGGUAAGGCUUUUUAAAAAAAAAAAAAAAAAAAAAAAAAAAAAAAAAACACACAACAAUUUACUGGUCCAGCUGACGGUGUACUCCACUGCAAACACUGUGCUCACUUACUCCUAAACUAGAGGUCAUCUCAGUUUGUUCGGUGAAGAGAUAAAUGUAUUUAUUUGCCACAAAAGGCUUCAUUUUGUUGUAAUGGUGCCACAGAUUGGUAGCUGCACUGUGCGAGGGCAAACGCUCUUCGAUUAUGACGCUGCUAGUUAACGUCUCAAUGACCUGCUUCUCAUUCAACCGCGAAGAUGGACUGUGUGGCUUUUGUCGUCGCCCCAAUAUGGCUAACUUUUAUUCAAAGAAACGUGCCGUUGACCGUAUUGUAAUCAAAUUUCUCAUUUUAAAAGUUUCCUUGGUCAGACUCAAAUGGGAGGUUUAGUUUGUUAUUGAGGAACCCCUCCCCCCCUUUGCCAGGAGCAGUUGGCUUGCAAUCCACUUUGUGUCACAAAGAAUUCAUUAAAAAUAAAUCAAAUCCCAUUGUGCAAUAUUUCCUUGAACUUUUUUUUUUUUUUUCCCAAAACAUUGUGUUUAUUGAUAUCU